GGAGGGGGGGAAAUUAAAUACAAGGGGCAAUUCGCAAAACUUAGAGUGCAGAUAAUAGCUAUGUUGUUGGGCUUGGAGACUUUGGCUUUCCAGCAAUCAAGGCCACAACAAGAACAAGUAAAGCUAAGGCAGAGCUAGAAGAAGUUCUUCUUGGGUGGCUGGUUUCUCCACUGAGGGAAAGGGGUUAAACCCAGUGUCUAAUAAAAGCUAAAUCAGUGGUAUCAGCCUCAGAGAGAGAGAGAGAGAGAGAGAGAGAGAGAGAGAGAGAGAGCAAACUUUCCAAGGGAAAUUGGACUUCCAGACUUUGACUUCCUCAAGUGUGCUUCUAAUAUUGACAAGAAGAUCAGCAACUUGGUUUGCUUCUCGAAAUACAUUGUUGAUGCACAGAUAAGAGCAAUCCUACCAGGGGGGCAAAAGAGAAGGUUUACAGAAGCUGGAGUCCGUUGCUGCGCCAGGUAAUGUGACCCUCACUUUCUCUCCACCAAAUGGCUAGCUGGAGGCGGAAUUCGAGAAGAUAGGCGGAGAUCGAGAUAGGGCCGAGGCGGAGACCCAGAUCUCUCCCCGGGGAUCAUGGUCGCAGCCAUCCGCGCCGCCGCCGCCUCUCCGACGACCACCGCUGCCCAUAUCCCUAAAAGCCCCUCCCACCCCGACGAUCCCCACAACCCCGUCCGCCCCCCUCUCAACCCCUCCGAGAAGGACAAUGCCGCCCGCCGGCCCCGCACCAAAGGGAUCUCUUCUCGCUACCUCUCCUCCCAUUGUUCUUCUUCUUCUUCUUCUUCGUUUACUACUACCUCUACCUCCUAUUCUUCUUCCAAUUCCUAUUCUUCUUCGAGCUCUUCUUCCAGCUCCCGGCGCUUCCCAUCGCCGCUGCUGGCCUCCCGGCCCUCCACGCCUCCGGCAUUGGUGUCGGGGCCCGCCCAGAAGAGAUCCCAGUCCGUCGAUCGGAGCCGCCCCUCCACCCCCCGCCCCGCCUCCGCCGAGCCCUCCGCCGCUGCCCGGGCCCUCUGCACCACCACCCGAAGCCUCUCCGUCUCCUUCCAGGGGGAGUCCUUCUUCUACCAGACCAGCCGCGCCAAGGCCACCUCCCCCAGCCCCGCCCGCAAGCCCACCCCGGAGCGCCGGAGGGCCAGCCCAGCCGCCGCUACACCGGCCAGGGCUGGCAACCAGUCGGAGAACUCCCGGACCUUUGAGAACCACCACCGCUGGCCGGCUGCCAGAACCCGGCAGUCGAAUCCCUUGAUGAGGAGCUUGGACUGCAAUUUGGAAAGAAAAGGUUCUAUCUUGGCAACCGUCCAUCUGCUACAGCAGUCGAUGGUGUUCGACGAUGGCACGCGCCGUGCAUCCUUUGAUGGGGGCGAUUUCUCAGCAUCAUCGGACACUGAUAGUGUGUCCUCCGGGAGCAAUUCAGGGGCGCAGGAGCUCAGCGUGCCCCCACGGGCACAGGUCACUCCCCGUGGAAUUAGUGUGCCUGCAAGGUUCUGGCAGGAGACCAACAGCAGGCUACGCCGGCUGCCGGAGCCAGGUGUACCACUAUCAUCAUCAGGCUCGAGGACUGGAAGGUCGCUGCCUAAGCCCGGGUUGGUGAAGAAGUCAUUGGUGGACAGCCCUUUGUCAUCUCCUCGGUCGGUUUCUUCUCCACUCCGUGGACCCAUGAGGCCAUCUUCUCCAAGUAAGAUUGCAGCUUCUCCAUCAAGGGGAAUGGCCAGCCCUUUGCAAGCGAGGAACAAUGCAUCAGUGCGCUCCUCUCCAAUUGGUCAGCCGGGCAAUGCACCUUCAAUUAUAAGCUUUGCAGCAGAAGUGAGGAGGGCAAAGAAAGGGGAGAACCGGAUUGAGGAAGCACACAUGCUGAGGCUGUUCCAUAAUCAGCACUUGCAAUGGCGUUGGGUGAAUGCAAGGGCCAAUGGUGCGCUCCUGGUACAGAGACUGACUGCGGAGAAAAAUCUGUAUAAUGCAUGGACAACUACAUCAGAGUUGCGUGAUUCUGUCACUAUUAAAAGGAUCAAGCUACAGCUUCUGAAACAAAAUCUAAAACUAACUUCUAUUCUUAAGGGGCAAAUGACCUAUUUGGAGGAGUGGUCUCUUUUGGAUAGAGAUCAUUCUAAUGCUUUAUUAGGAGCUAUUGAAGCGUUGAAGGCUAGCACGCUCCGUCUUCCUAUUGUUGGAGGAGCAAAGGCAGACAUCCAAGAAGUGAAAGAUGCUGUUGAUUCAGCAGUUGAUAUGAUGCAGGCAAUGGGAUCCUCAAUAUGUUCUCUAUUGUCAAAGGUAGAAGGGAUGAGUUCCUUGGUAUCGGAACUUGCUAAAAUGGCAGCUCAAGAGCAAGCAUUACUGGAUCAAUCCAGAGAUUUCUUGUCCAUGGUUGCAGCUACGCACGUGAGACAAUGCAGCCUGCAAGGACACAUAUUGCAACUAAAACGGAAACCCAACUAGAUGAAAUUGUAGAGCCCGAUUCUGUUUCUGCCUUUGUGAUCACUAACAUCACUGCUCCCUCUUCUUUUUCUAACUGGAGAUUGUGCCAAUAAUAAUAAGGCAUGGUGGUUUGUUGGGUGCGAAGCGAGUGCUGUAAAUCUGCUGUUGAUCUCACUUAGGGUGGUUGAUUCAUGUAUCUUUGUAUGCAUAUUACCACAGGAAUGGCCUUUUCCCUUGCAGGAUAUACAUUAGCUGUAUACAGAAUACUUCUCUUAUGCUGAUCAAAGGAAAGCUUUUGUAUGUAUGUAAUGCUUUCUUGUAUCUUUUUUUGUUUAGGAAGAAGAAAUAUCAACAUUUUCUUUAUCAAAAUGUCCUUUGUAUCUUAUCCCUCCGUUGGUAUAUAGUAUGGUUGUUCGAAGACCUAGACAGAAAAAAUGCAAACAUUGUUUGUGUUGCUUUGGUGGUAUUCCACUGUGGGCAUUGCACUUGUCAAGAACGAUACCUCUUUCUGUCACGAUAUGAGUGGCAAAAUUAA